AUGGAGAGCGCUAAAACAAUGCAUGGCCAGCUUUGUUCAAUACCACAUUUGAAGAUAGAGUGCAGUUGUACCAGUAAUGGGAUCUGUGAUGAGGGGCUGCAUGGAGAUGGCUUCUGCUUUUGCAGUGCGGGGUGGACAGGAGAGCGCUGCGAGACUGAACUCGCUGCGGUGCCUGUGUGUUCCCCAGCCUGCCAUCGUAAUGCUGUGUGCCGGUCCAAUAAUACAUGCGAAUGUAGCCUACAUUAUGAGGGAGACGGAUGGACAUGCAAAGUGAUUGACCGGUGUGCGAAAGACAACGGUGACUGCAGUGACUAUGCCAACUGCACACAGAUUGGGAUUGAUGUUUCCUGCAGCUGUUUCCCAGACUACGAAGGUGAUGGCUACAUCUGCAGCCCCAUUGACAGGUGUGCAGAUGGCAUGAAUGGAGAUUGCAGCGAGCACGCCACUUGCAUCAACACAGGUCCUAAUUCCCGGCGGUGUGAGUGCCAUGCCGGUUACGUUGGAAAUGGAAUCCAGUGCUUGGAGGAAGCUAUCCCACCCAUAGACCGUUGCUUGGAAAAUAAUGGGCAGUGCCACUCUGAGGCUCUCUGCAGUGACUUGCAUUUUGAAGAAAAAACAGUCGGGGUCUUCCACCUGCAGUCUCCCCAGGGAAAGUACAGAUUUACUUAUCAAGAGGCUGAAGCGGCUUGUGCUGCUGAGGGAGCUACGGUGGCCACUCUUAAGCAGCUGUCUGCGGCACAACAGAUGGGUUUCCACCGGUGCGUAGUAGGUUGGCUUUAUAAUGGGUCAGCAGGCUACCCAACUGUGUACCCGAGUUUGAAGUGUGGCAGUCACCAUGUUGGAAUUGUGGACUACGGCUUUCGAAGUAACGCCAGUGAGAAGUGGGAUGCUUACUGCUACAGAGUUCAAGAUGUGCAGUGUGUCUGUAGGGAUGGGUUUGUGGGAGAUGGCUACACAUGCACAGGGAGCCUUGUGGCAGUGCUGGCCCAGAAGGCAAAUUUCUCAGUCUACUAUUCUAUGGUACUGGAUUAUGCCAAUGCCUCCCAAGAAGGAUGGGAAUUUUUUAAUUUCCUCUCCACAGACAUGACUUACAAAACUCUUUUUGUACCCCUGAACUCCGGCUUUCGGAAAAAUGCAUCUCUAACACUGAAUGAUCUGAAGCUUCAUUCAUCUGCGAGAGACAUGGCCCUGAUGAGCUUCAAUCUCACGUCUGGUGCAGUUAUACCUUCGCAAGCUGGAUUCAACCUUUCCAUUGCAGAUUCCACGAAUAACACCCGCUUUCCUGGUUGUAAGAUGAUUAAUAAUUCAGUGAUAGUUGAAUGGGAUAUUCUGGCCUCCAAUGGGAUCAUUCAUGCUAUUGAAGCACCUCUGAUGGCACCUCAACUUGGGCAACUUGACCAGGUUGUUGGUGCUGUGAAAUCACCUGCUGCUGUGACCAUCAGUGUAUCCAUUGUAGUCUCCCUAGUACUGUGUGCAAUGGUGGCUGGCGUGUCCUACAUCUACCUCAAAAGGAAGAACCAAGGAUUCCAGUUUCGCUAUUUCAAGGCUGAGCUGGAAGAUGACGAACCUUCUCCCUGGGAGGAAAGGAGCCCACACUUGGUGUCCAUUCCAAAUCCCAUUUAUGGAGCAGACAUCUCAAUCUAUGAACCAUUUGAGGAUUCUCUCACCGGAGAAGAUUUUUCAGAUGCCUUUGGAAUUCGAGGCGACCAGUAAGCUGGAAACAACACUUUUCCAGAAGCUAUGUAAUUCAGAAUGAACAGAAUAUGGCUGUUAUGGACUGCUAAGAAGCCUUGCCUGCCCUUUCAAUGGUGACAAAUUAACAAGCGGCUUAAAUUGUAAAUGUUUAACAUACCUCAGUUCCAUUCCUCUUCUCAAAUACAUGUGCAGGAAAUUGGGGCCCAUAGAGCUCAUUGCCCUUGCAUGCACACAGGGACUUUGGCAAUUUUCUGUUUGAAUGUAGCCCCCUUGUGCUGUUUUGGGUGUCAGGAAUGAGUCUUUGGGUGUCAUAAGGAGUGGCAGUAGGAAGGUGAGGGAUGGAAAGUCAUGUUGCGUUCUUUGGAUUCUGCUCCUAAAUCUUCAGGCUGAAACUUAGGGAAUAUGAUGACUCUUGAAUGUGUUUGGAUCGGUGGAUGCUGUGGAGAAUCUUCAGUGGGCCAAUAAAAUCUGAGUUCAGUUAGAUAACUUUACUCUGAAACUGCACUAUGCAGCCUUCUGCCGAUCCCUUUUUUUAAACGUUACUUAAAAGGCAGUUUGAAAUAAUACUGCCUGAAAACUGUAGGCCCAUCUUCGUUUAUAAUCCUGCUGAAUUUAUGUACUGUUCCGUGAAUGACAAAUGUUUGUAAAUGAAUGGGAACAAGCAAAUGUCAACCUUCA